UUCGCGGCAGUUCCGCGACAACGACGUGUCUUUGACGCAAUGUCGAAUUAAGAUCGAGACGCGAAUUGUCUUGUCGUCCCUUGUCAGCGCUUUUUUAUGCGAAUCUUGCUUGUGCCGGGAGUGUCGCGUAUCAAAUAUUCAUUCAGCUGCUCUAGAGUCAAUACUUUGCGCAACUCGCAUCAGGAACUUGUUUAUGCACCGUGACGAGGCUUUAUUACAUGCAUCAUAAACCGCGCUUACGUACGCAGCGAGUGCGAAGGACAUGACGCGAUGCCGAUUUCGGUGGCGUGCGAAUGCACGUUUGAUGUAAUGCUCGUGACUGUUACAUGAGGAGAAACAAUACGAAAAUUUCCAAGUGGUCGACCGUGUGAAUGAAGAAUGAAUCGAUAUAUAACGUUGAAUCAGUUGGGGGACGGGACCUUUGGUUCAGUCGUCCUCGGGGAACGUAUCGAUACCGGUGAAAAGGUCGCUAUAAAAAGAAUGAAGAGAAAAUAUUAUUCCUGGGAAGAAGCUAUGAAUUUACGAGAAGUGAAGUCACUAAAGAAGCUCAGUCAUGCAAACGUUGUAAAACUUAAAGAAGUUAUACGGGAAAAUGACGUGCUGUACUUCGUUUUCGAGUAUAUGAAAGAAAAUCUCUAUCAAUUGAUGAAGGAUAGGGAUAAGUUAUUUCCCGAACCAGUGAUUAGGAACAUGGUGUACCAAGUAUUGCAAGGUCUCGCUUUCAUGCACAAACACGGCUUUUUUCAUCGCGAUAUGAAGCCGGAAAAUUUGCUAUGUAUGGGACCUGAAUUGGUCAAAAUCGCCGAUUUUGGAUUAGCGAGAGAAAUUCGUUCGAGACCUCCGUAUACGGACUACGUCUCGACUAGAUGGUAUCGCGCACCAGAAGUGUUGUUACAUUCGACGACUUACAACAGUCCUAUCGACAUUUGGGCAGUCGGCUGCAUAAUGGCCGAAUUAUAUACGUUCAGACCACUAUUCCCUGGCAAAAGCGAGAUCGAUGAAAUAUUUAAGAUUUGCUCCGUGGUCGGGACACCGGACAAGGACGACUGGCCGGAGGGAUACCAAUUGGCUGCGGCUAUGAAUUUCAAAUUUCCAAAUUUUACGCGCACGUCCUUGGGCGUUCUGAUUCCGAACGCCAGUCAAGAGGCGGUGAUACUCAUGGAGGAUAUGUUGCAAUGGAAUCCCAUCAAGAGACCGACGGCUCAACAGUCACUCAGAUAUCCGUAUUUUCAAGUCGGCGACCCUCGUAUAAUUAACAGUAAAAAGAUCGGCGUAAUAUCGCAACGAGAACUCGCCAUGAAUAAAAUCAAUCUUCCACCACCCAUACAAUCGAAACAGUACAAUUAUUCUCAGCAGGACCUCGUCAAUAACCUAGUUCAGUCAAGAGUUCCCGAGAAGAUGGUUGUUCAAUCGCAACAGCAGCCGGCGGCUUUACCGUUGUUGCAUCACAACAAUCACAAGCACGACAGCGAAAACACCGCAAAGUGGCAGGAUGACGAUUUCACUGAACUUUUGGGGAGCAAGAUCGUCCCGGAGAAUCCGAGCGCAAUGCUCGUGCCCGACCGGCUAUACAAGGAGAAUCACGCCAACUGGAACGCCAACUACCAUCAACCCGAUAAUCUGAAGCACAGCAACGCGAAUUGGUCAUUACCGGUGUGGAAGGAGCCGUCGUUGAGAAUGUGGAACAAUCAAACGAAUCAAUCUAACCAGAUGAAGAGCUCGCGCAAGGUCUCGGCGAAACAACACUACCUCAGUGUGGCUCGGUACGUCGCAGGCCAGAGCACAAAUUUGCCGUCCAGAAAUGGGGAUACCGAUAUUAAUCGGUCGAGGCUGCUGUUGAACGGGCUCAUCGGUCAGGCGGCAUCCAACAAGUACGAGGACUUUACCGAGUCCUUCUGGGCACCUCGAGAUAGUAUUGAGAAUCAAACGAGACAGCAUUAUCUCGCGCGAAAUCGUUACAUCGCCGAGCAAAGCUUAAGAUUACCUUAUUCCAGCGUGUAUGGUACUCAAAAUAUCAAAGCUACCAAUAAGCCAACGUUUCAACCGAACUUGUUCGGAAAUGUUUUCAAUGCAAAGAUCAGCGGCGGAUCUCACGGCCGAACGGACUGGGCAGCAAAGUACCUUAAAUGACCGUUGUAGAAAAGAAUCGUUUUCCUCUCAUCUCACCACUUGACGACUCGUCAACGUGCCCGUUCUCUUAGGCGAUUUUCCUAACUGUGAUAGAACGAUCGCUGUCGUUCCACUCGGACGCGGAAAUGCGCAAAGGAAGAACGCGCUUUUCGCUUCCGUGUUGCGGUUUUGCGAAAGCAACACUGUAGAUUUUUAAUUGGAACAGGCAGCGCGACAUUUUAAAACAAAGCGAGACGCGGUAUUUGCGUCGAUUCCAUCAUCCACGAAUACUGUCGUAAAUAUAUUAUCACAUCGCAGCAUUCCAUGUAACUGCGCGACUCGGGAGCCGAAUAUAUAGAUUUCUCUAAUUAUAAGUCGUCCAUAUUUACACGAGUGUACGAAAGAGAAAGUGAGAGAGAGAAAUGUAAUUAUACAAAAAAACUAAUGACUUGGGAUGACGCGAUACGACACGCAAUUGUAUAAAAUGCGUUAUGUUAUAUACAUAUAUAUUUAUUAUUAUUUGUACAUAUUAACUAAUUACGAUACAGCGUGAUGUCUCUACGGCAAUUGAUCACAGUAAGAUCGCGCAAAUCUCGGACGACCGAAUGUCAAAUUACCCUCGCUGCGAAGCGAGCGAUCGAUCGUGGAAACGAAUCGACGCUAAGCACGCAAAAACGAUCGGGUGUAUGUAUCAUCCCUUGUUUUCGGCGAAGAGUCAACGAUAGAGUCGGCCACGCUGUGUCGUUUACUGAUACAUUGUACGCGAAUUAGGACAUUAGAAUGAAAAAUAUAACAUAUAACGAACAAUG